AUCAAACGAUAAUAGAUGAUCAACCGAAGGGGCCUGGACACUCAGUGCUGCGCAUAACCGUAUCCGCGCUAAAACAAAGCGUCUCGCGCAACUAAAUAAUAAAAACAUUAAAUAAUGCGACACCAGCGCAGUGUUAUGUGAUUCGUGAAAGAAUUAAGUGAAAUUCUCAAUUUAAAAGGAGAUCUAAGGUUUUGUGUAGAAAUGUACUCUGCUUUGAUAGACAGUAUUUCUUUCGUGUUAUAACUAGGAUACAGUUUUUGGAUUAGAAGUUUUAAAGAGCGGGGCGUGUCCUUUAGCUGUCUGAGGGCGGCCCGCGGAAGUCUUCUGUGAACAUGACCUAGUGCCCCAUGACCGCGGCACACCCCCCUCCGCGCCGUAUUCACUCGCCAACCUGACACGCAACAUUAUUCGUGAUCCACAAUGGUGCCGCGUUGGCUGCUGGUUUGCUGCGUGGUGCUGUGUGCACGGCCGGCGCACCCGCAGGGAGCGCAGCAGUGCCCGCCGCCCAACACCAUGACACCCUGCAGCUGUACCGUCAAGAAGAACGGCCUCGACAUCCUCUGCGAGUUCACCGAGCAACAACACAUACAGAAGGCCAUGAACACUCUGCGGUCGAAGCCGAUGAUAAUCUUCUACCUGAAGUUGCGGCACAACAACCUGGCGAAGCUGCCUUCUUACAUAUUCCUCGGGCUGGACAUCCGCCACCUCACCGUCCACAACAGCAGCUUGGCAGUCAUCGAGGACUCAUCACUCAGCUCCAUAGGUAACAAACUGACGCAGCUGGAUGUGUCACAGAACAGUCUGGCGACCAUCCCGACUUCUUCCUUUACGCAUCUUAACCAUCUGCUGAUACUCAACAUGAACCAUAAUAAGGUGACAGCGGUGCACAACAGAGCCUUUAUAGGCUUAGACACACUGGAAAUCCUCACUUUGUACGAGAACAGGAUAUCUGUGGUCGACGGGGAAGCUUUCAAGGGGCUGGAAAAGAAACUGAAGCGUCUUAAUCUUGGCGGGAACGAACUGACAGCUGUACCACAAAAAGCCCUCGCUUUGCUUGAAAAUCUCAAGAAACUCGAAAUGCAGGAAAACCGUAUUACUACUAUUACGGAAGGAGAUUUCGCAGGUCUACGAAACCUAGACUCUCUAGGUCUAGCCCACAACCAACUGAGGGAAGUGCCAUCGCAAGUGUUCUCACAUCUGACAUUCCUGAACUCAUUGGAACUGGAAGGCAAUCAGAUCCAAAGGAUCGAUGAGAAGGCCUUUGCUGGAUUGGAAGAAAACCUGCAAUACCUGCGUCUUGGAGACAACCGUCUUCACGAGAUUCCCUCUGAGGCUCUUCGGCCGUUGCACCGUUUGCGUCACCUCGACCUGCGCUCCAACAACAUUACCUACAUCAGCGAGGACGCCUUUACUGGCUACGGAGACUCCAUCACUUUUCUCAACCUGCAGAAGAAUAUGGUGCAUCAACUGCCGACGAUGGGCUUCGACAACCUCAACUCUCUGGAAACGCUGAACCUUCAGAACAACAAACUGCAACACAUUCCCGAGGAGAUCAUGGAACCGAUCCUCGAUACGUUACGGGUCGUCGACAUUAUGGACAAUCCACUAAUAUGCGACUGUGAGCUGGCGUGGUACGAGGCGUGGCUAGCUGGUCUCCGGGACCGCGACGAUGAGAUGAUGCAGAAGAAGCGAACCGUCUGCACCAUGGUCAACGAGCAUCGGGAGUACAGCGUCGCCAAGAUGCCGCUAGAAAAGAUGAACUGUAAGAGGAAACCUGCUUAUGGACGCACGUCAGAUGCCCAUGCUAUCUGCCCUGCUGUGACCCACGCCGCACUCGUCAUAGCCGUCAGGUGGAUGUAAAUUCGAAAAUCAAGGCAAGUUGAUCUUUUUCAAUACACAUUCCAUGCUUAUUUACUCAACGCUAUGGAUGUAACUAUAACCUACGUGUUUAUAUUUCUAUUGUUUAAUUUAAUUAUAUUAGAAUCAACGCGUCUUAUGUGGAAAAUCUGACGCCAAAACCUAUGUAAAUGUAAGCGUAAUUUGUAUGUUAGUUUGUUUAAGUUGUUUCCCGAGUGAAGGACUCCCUUCGCGCUAGCUGUGGCCGGAUAGCUCGAAGCGGCGCCCUUCGCCAACUUAUCCGUAAAUUUAGUUUAAACCUUCGUAACGUGAUGAAUUUGUGCAAUAAACUACGAUACAUAUCAAUUCGGGCUGAAUAAAAAAUGUAGUAUUUUGGAGCGGUAGCUUGUGAUAAGUAAAAAGGUUUUUAAAGGAUCGUCGAUCGUAAGUUAGUGUGGUACGUAUUUUUAAAAAAUUAGAAGACCUUUCACGGGAUAAAUGCCUUACUGUAGAGUAAUCUAACAGCUGGGAAGGUUCGGCAUAUUAAUGUUGGUCUCAUCGGAGAAUGCUUCGUUGAUGUCGUGUUUGUACGUGUGAAGCGCGAGUUAGAAAAAACUUUUACACUAAAACAAUUUUCAAAAUGCUUUGACUUCGAUGCUAACGAGCUCCACAUAGCUUGUAAUAGAUUUAUCUAUCGCGAUGACAACCAGCAGACGUCAUCACAAAUACACUAGAGCUGUUUUACACAAUCUAAGCACAAAUAUGUUAUAUUUUACAAACCUUUACAAUUAAGUGAAUCUUCUAAUAUUUUGUUAUCGUUUACCCCUGCCUUUAAGAUUGUACACGUAUUAGUAAGCUUUUGCGCAUUUACCAUGUUGACUAUUACUAUUAUUAUGACGUAAUAUUUCUAUAUACGGCGUAAGGAGGUGGGGCUCGAGUUAUGUUAUCCAUAAAACACUUUCUAGCGAUCACAAACGUGUCAGCAUUAUUACUAACUCUUGUGUAGAGAACUUAUUAUUGUUUGAGAUUUUUAUCGGAAAUAAUAACAUUUUUAUUCUAUGUUACACGAAAUUGAAUAGAGCCCCUAAAUGUUCGAUUCGAUGUAGAUUAGGUGUAGUUAGAUAAGUGUUAGGUAAUUUUGUCAGAAUAAGCUAUUAUUAUGUUAAACCUUAUAGCUUUAUUGUUACAUUUUAUUUGUUUAAAAAUUAUAUUUUAGUUUUACAAUAGAUAUACAGAGUGUUAGUGACAUCGUAACGAAUACUGAGGGGGCGAUUCAGACCAUGAUUCUGAGUAAAUAUCAAGUGGAAUUUUCCGUCGCAAAAUUAAUGAUUUUUGUUCUUUUUUAAAUUAAUUUCAAUUCUAAACUUUUGCGAUGAAAACUUCCACUUGAUACUAACUUAGAAUAAUGAGCUGAAUCGUCUCUCUGAGUAUUCGUUACGACGUCACAUACACCCCGUACAAGUACAUACAAGUAGCCAUACAAACAUAUGGGUUUUAGUGACACUGUAACGAAUACUGAGGGGGAUUAUUCAGACCAUAAUUCUGAGUUGACAUCAAGUGGAAUUUCCUGACGGAAAAAUAAUGAAAAUUUGAGUGUUUUUUAAUAUUAUUUUCAGUCCCAUAGGAAAAUUCCACUUGAUAUCAACUCAGAAUCAUGGUCUGAAUCAUCCCUCGAAGUUUUCGUUACGAUGACACUAACACCCUGUGUUUUGAUAUUACCGUUUACUUUCUGUAUUACUAGUAAAUGUUUAUUAAAUUUAGGAAGCUUCAUACGAAAUUUGGUUAUUUUGUUGUAGCUUUAUUUUAAGUUAAAUUGCUGUUGAAGUUUUAUCUGUAUAUUAGGUAGUGGAAUAAUAAAUGUGACUGUAAACAUCGUUUGCUUGCCUUGGUUUACUUUGCUGCAUGAUUCAGGAUCAUAUAACCGUAUGGUUAAAGAUGCCCUAUUUCAGUGUCGGAUUAUCAAAGCAUAAAACAUGCCUACAUGGACUGAGCUGUCAGUGUUUCUCGUGUUUUAAGUAAAUAUUGAAAAAGAUAACAAAAAGAAAACAUUAUUUUUUGUCAUAAAAAAUAUUUUUCACGAGUACCUUAAUAUGAGUACCUAACCUACAUAAAAAGGUACCUACCUAAAAAAAUAAACUUACAAAAAAAUAGCGCGAAUAAAAAUGUCGAAUGUUUUCUUUCAGCAUUCUUGUUUUUAGCAAUUUUGUUUAACACAGUUAUUAAGUAAUUUAAUGUUCUUUAUGAAUUAUGAAAGAACAUGCUUGCCAUUUUGCUCUAUAAAUUAGGAGACACAAAAGGGUCCUAAAAUAUUUAUUUAAACCCUCGAGGGCUUGAUCCGGCACUGCUUUUCUACCUUUUAUCAUCUUUUGCUUCUAAAAGUACUCAAAAUAUCAAAUCCCUUUUGGAUGGUACAUGCCUUGCUAUAUACCCUUGUUAUUAUUAAAUUAAAUAAAAUUGAAAUUCAUUGGGUGAUAAGAAUGUAACCAAAAACAUAUCCUUUAGUCUGAAUUGAUUAAAUGUAAGCAUAUUAUAUAAUAUUUAUACACAUUUUAUGGAUUGGUAAAGCUUGGUGUGAUAUAAAGAAUGUUGGAUUGUAAGCGAGACAGAGGUCGACCAAUUUUGUUUGCCCCAUCUUUACCCACCUCGAAUUAUUUAAAAAAAACAUAUUGUGUGAAUGUAUACAACACAUACCAUUUAUCUAAACAUACUUAAGUACAUGUAUCACAAAAAUGUGUUAAACACGUUAGACGCGAGAUCGAAUACCAUAUUUUGUAUUCUUUUACGUGUUUUAACACAUUUUAAAAUAUUAGAGAGAAAUAUAUUAAGAGUAGCUUGCAUCGUUUAAUAUAUUAUUAAUAUAUAUAAUCAUAAAUGUUGUUUAUUCUUCACUGAAUGCACAAAAUUAUAGUAGAAUGCACAAAUAACACGUUUCUAGUUACUGUUGUGCACGGGUUUGAUAUAUUUACGAUAAAAUAUUAGAUUUAAUAAGAAAUCAAUCAGAGUCAGUAACCUGAUUAGUUAAGGGAGUUUCAAAAACCGUCGCAUUUGUCGUGUUUAGUAGAAAUAUAUUAGUAUUUACAAUUAUAUUCUCAUAUAUCUCAAUGUUAUCAAUGUCGUGCUAAAAUAUAUUAUCAUUAUUACUAGACUUCAAAAUAUAUGUGUCUUUUAUCUCAAUUUUUCUCUUGUCUAUCUAUAAGAUCUGACGCAAGUGACUAUUGAAAAUGGGAGAAAAUUGAUUCUUAAAAAUAUUUUACAUUAUAUUUCGAUGAUUUCAAAAUCUUUGUCUUCAGUACAUUUAAUGUGAUUAUCGUUUUAUUAUAUGUUUUAUAUACACUCUACAUAUUCGAUAUUAUUAAAAUUAAAGUCUUAAGGAACCAGCAUAAUACAUAUCGGGAAGGUGGGGCGAAGUUUAAAUAUAUUAGCCAAAGGUGUAGCACCACUGAACCAUGGUCUUGCAUAUCAAAUAGGUUAAGUCAUAUUUACUCUAUGGUAAUUCUAUUUAUUCAUUGUUGUGUGUUAAAAUAUACUUAUAAUCUUAUAUCCAUUGUUAAUCAUCUAUUGUUGUUUGAUCGGCUUCAUGUUCUGUGUAAUUUAGAGUGUAAGGUUUUCUGGAAAUUAUAAAAUAUUCGUAUAUGUACGUCGACAACUUUUUUCACACUUUACAGACAAUUUGUAUCCUUUAUUCGAAUCUCCUUGUCUGGAACGCAUGAAAUGGAAUAAUGUAACGGAUUCUGAUCUAAAAUUCUAUCUGAGUGAGGCAAAUAUGUAGGAAGUGGCACUUUUUUGAUGAUGCAUACAAAAUACUUUUUAAAGCACACGAAGUUCGAAAUACGCAACAGAAAUGUAAUUUUAGAAGGAGCCACUUUCCAAAAUUCGCUUACUCUUCUAAUACUUCAUAAUAUAUACGGUCUAUAUUUUGAGCUACUUACCGCUAUUUAUUGAGUACCUAUCUAAAUACUUAUCAGAAAACUAAAAUGAUAUAGUCAUAUUAAUAUUAGACGCACAUACAUUUUCAAAAACAAAAGUUAUAUUUUGGAAUUAAGGUUAUCAUAAUUAUAACAUUUCAUGUAUUCAAAGUAUUCUUACAUGGCAAUAUGUAUAAUAUUGUACCUACAAGUUAUGCGAUUCGUGUAUUAUCAAAUAUGUACGCUAUAUAAUUAUGGUCAUUUUUAUUAUUCUGUAAUAGUAAAGUUAACGUUUAACUAAGGUGUUCGAUCGAGUUAAUAGUCACAUUUAUUAUUUAAGUUAAAUCUAGGUAAUCUAACUCUAAUAUUAUUGAGAUUUUGCUGUAAAAGUGUAUUUAUUUAAUUUCGGUUUAAAUAAAAAAAUAAAUAAUUA